UACCUUCGAGUGGCGCAACCGCAAACUGAAGUCACCGGCAGACACCUUCCCCUCGGAGAGCGCCACUCGCUUCAGCCAGAUCAAAGAAUCUUAGAUUCGACUAUUCAAUACUUGAGAUCUGAUACUUUUCACAUUGCAAUUUGUCCUCCUUUUAUCAAUUUAUCGAUUGUUUGGAUUGGAUCUUCAAGAUCUACGACCGGAGGAGGAACAACAGGAGAGGGAGGUAUAUUAAUUCCAAUGGCAGCAGUAAAGCCUGGUUUGAUUGCUUUGUUUGAUGUUGAUGGCACUCUUACAGCUCCAAGAAAGAUGGCUACUCCAGAGAUGAUUGAGUUCAUGCAGGAACUCCAGAAGAAUGUCACAGUUGGAAUUGUGGGUGGAUCUGACCUUUCCAAGAUAUCAGAGCAGCUCGGGAAAACAGUUGUUAAUGAUUAUGACUAUGUAUUUUCUGAGAAUGGCCUUGUGGCUCAUAAGGAUGGGAAACUCAUUGGCACCCAGAGCUUGAAAUCAUUUCUUGGAGAAGAGAAGCUCAAGGAAUUUAUAAACUUUACCCUCCACUAUAUUGCUGACUUGGAUAUCCAGAUAAAGAGGGGAACAUUUAUAGAAUUUCGAAGUGGGAUGCUCAAUGUGUCACCUAUUGGGCGAAACUGCAGCCAAGAAGAAAGAGAUGAGUUUGAAAGGUACGACAAGGUUCACAAUGUACGUCCAAAAAUGGUAGCUGUGCUUCGUGAAAAGUUUUCUCACCUCAACCUUACAUUUUCUAUUGGAGGGCAAAUAAGUUUUGACGUUUUCCCCCAAGGAUGGGACAAGACGUACUGCCUUAGAUACCUUCAAGAUUUUCAUGACAUCCACUUCUUCGGUGACAAAACUUACAAGGUCAACAUCUUGUCCAUGAUAUAUUGGCCAUUAUUUCUUGCUUUCUGCUUUACUCAAGUCAGCUAUGUUUCACCCUGCUUUUAUGAUAUGUUUCUCUUUUAAGAUUUGUCUCCUUAA